AAGUAAGUUUUUGCUGAAAAGAAGAGCCAAAAAAUCCUGCACCUGCUCUCAGUGUGGAAAGAGUAUCUCAUGCAAACAAAAUCUUAAAUUUCACAUGAGACUUCACAGUGGUGAGAAGCCACACGUGUGUGAUCAAUGUGGGAUGAGUUUUGCACGAAAAGACUCCCUUAUUACUCACAUGAAAAUCCACACUGGAGAGAAGCCGCACACAUGUGAUCAGUGCGGGAAGAGUUUUGCACUGGCAAGAACUGUCAGAUUACAUCUGCGUUCUCAUUCUGGAGAAAGACCAUAUACCUGUAAUCAGUGUGGGAAAAGCUUUUCUUAUCCAGAUAACCUGAAGAGCCACCUAAAGGUUCACACAAAGGAGAAGCCUUAUGUGUGUUCUCUGUGUGGAAAGAGUUUUCCACGACUGGGUGCUUUUAAAUUACACCAGAAAAGACACAGCGGUGUGAAAGAGCAUAUGUGCUUUGAUUGUGGGAAAACCUUCUUUACAUCUGAUCAACUGAGACGACACCAGAUGACCCACAGUGGAGAGAAACCUUACAACUGUUCACAAUGUGACAAGGCAUUCACUCGUCCAGAACAUCUGAAAAGACAUGAGAUGACCCACAGUGGAGAAAAGCCACACAGUGCGGGAAGUGUUUCAUACGUGUAAAUGCUCCUAAAUCACAUCUGCUUUCUCAUUCUGGAAAAAAGACCAGUGUAAAAAAAAAAAACAUUUCUUCAAAUGAGAAAUUCUGAACUUGUUUUGAAAAACAGGACUGAGAUGUUUGUCAAACCACUUUCUAAAUGUCAAAGAGACUGUAAUUUAGUUUCAUUUCAGUGAGCACUCUUGUCAGUUCAGUUACAGCCAAUUCAAUUGAGCACUGGGCAAUUCCAAUGUUGAACCUGUUAAAGAUCCGGUGAAUUCAAAUGUUUAAUACCAUUUGAGCUUCCUGUUAACUCUGAUCAGUGA